AUGUCCCAUGAAUGGUGUCCUCGCGUUGACUGCACGAAAGAAAACGUUUCAAGUAUUCAGCCCUACGCCGACAUAUCAGGCAAUGGGGUGGUGAUUGGAUUCUUUGGGACGGCCUAUUUUGUUUUACUUUUGGUGAUUGCAGACUACGUCCGGGCGUUCGAUCCGGACGAAGACCCAUUUCAAACUUACGCAAAGCACGGCAAACCUUCGGGUGUGGUACGAUGGCAUCCGAACCCUGUUGAUGACCGCCUCCUCAAAUCCUUUCGGAAAACAUGGCAUCUCCCACUCAAUGGGUCCCGUCGCUUUCGCGCAGCAUUCAACGAGUCUAUCAUUACCAUGUGCGAUAUUCAAGUUGUAACCGGUCUGGGUAUACUCAUAACCAGUUAUAUCCUCCUCCCAUGUGGACUGGAUGCAUACCACUGGCAACUCGCAGUCUACAUAGCCUGGUUUUCUGCAGUAACACACUUGUCUGGACUAACGGUUCUUCGAACGCACCUCAACACGUACGUUUGGGCAAAAUAUGUACGAUUCAGUCUCAUGCUUUCACUCCUCGUGCUGCUGGUCGUCGGAAUGGUGCCCACUGGGUUCUUUUCUCAACUUUCCGCGCCUGCAGUGUGCUAUUUCAAGCAAGAUACUGGCACCUUCAGAAAGGGCGACAAAGCGCAACAGGACCAGAAAUGGCAGGCUAUGGUUCUUUCCGUCUUCCUCCUCAUUUUUGGGUUCGUCAGCCGGUCCGUGAAAUUGUUCCGUCCCCUUUCGGCGAGUCUCAGUGGCAAAUUAAGACAACCAGUUGGAAGCUGGGCCAAGAAGAUGUUGAGGAAUCUCGCAAAGCCUCAUUCAUCCAAUGCGCAUCUCGAGUCCCUGAGAACUAAGCUGGUCUUUAAACCAAUAUUGGCGGCAUUCUUCAUGUUCCGUCUUAGCUUCGACUUGUACAGCUCUACACUAUUUGAAGUAAGCACCAUCACCGAUUGCGUAGCUUGUUGGCUGAUUCAUGGCGGUCACUGCUAG